AAGAAAACUAUAAGAAGAGAUUUAGCUAGAUUUUAAACUACAUCGAACGAUUUUGUUCCAUUGGCAUUUAUUAUCACUUCGUUCACGUAAUUUAAUCUUCUAGUGAAAAUUACUUAAUUAUUUUUGAUUAUUAUUUGUUCCUUGACACAAUCGAGUUGAGAUAGAUAACCAAAAUGGAUUCGAAAGGAGAAAUAACGACGUACGAUGAAUCUUUAAGUGAUAGAAUGCUGAGUCAUGCCAGAAAAAAUCCUUUUUUGAUGGCUGGUUUUGCAACUUUGGUAGCAGCUUGUGCAGUAGGCGCUUAUAAAUUUAAACAACGAGGAAAAAUGCCGAUAUCUCUUUACCUCUUGCAAUUUCGAGUUCUGGCACAAAGUUCAGUAAUUGGUUGCAUAACUAUCGGAAUGGCUUAUCACAUGUUCAAUGAACAUGUUUUACAAAAAGGGAAAAAAGAAUGAUAAAAAUUGUUUAGAUAGAGUAUUUAUUUGUCAAGUUGCUAAUAUUGUACUAAAAAGUCGACAGAUAUUUCCCAUUUCUUACAGUUAGUCUGAAAUAGAUGAAACAAAAAGCUAAAUGUGAUACUACAAUAGUAUUAUCAUUAGAUUUUGAAUACUUUUGGCUGGUUCCAAUAAUGAUAUAAUAGAAAAAAUUAUAUUUUCUUGCACUUUUUCUUUCUUAUAGAUAUAAAUAUUUAUGCAAUAGGAAGAUAUUACAUUAAGUGUUUUAUUUAGAAAGAUCAUUAUAGUAAUAAUACUCUUAUGUAUGUAUUAUAUGUUUAAACAAAAUGUUUGUAAUAAUGAACAUGAUAUAUAUUAUUUACAUAAAGAUAAUUAUUUAUUUUAUGAUAAAAUUUACCAUAUUUCAUUAUUAUGAUUGAAUUUAAAUUUACAGCAUCUUAUGAUACUGUAAAAUUAACAAAGUAAAAAUUUAAUAAAUUAUUUGAUGUAAUAUUGGCAAAUAAAAAGAUUUUAUAAUGCA